AUGCUGGUGCUGGUGGGGCUGGUGCUGUGCCUCGCUCCUGCGGACGCUCUGACCGCCUUCCCCCCAAAGUUUCAGGUGGGGAAACUGAACGGGGACGUGGUGGUGAAGUGCAACACCUCAGAGCAGCAAGUGACCUGGACGCAGAAUGGGGAGCCGGAGCCCAUGGCCGAGCUCGUGGCUGAGGGACGGAAUCUCACCAUCAUCGGCUUGGACCUGCCGGCCGCAGGCAACUACAGCUGCUGGGCCGGCACCGUCCUGCUGGACACCACCUACGUGGUGGUCAGCGGCACCCGCAAGGAGGGGAUGAACGUCUCCUGCCAGGCUGAGUCCUACCACGGCUCCUUCCACUGCUCCUGGUCCGGACCCCGCUCUGCCGUCUUCCGCGCCCGCCUCACACGCAGCGACGGCUCCUUGGGGGAGUGGGUGCCGGCGGCCGGCCGCCGCGGCCGGUUCAGAGCCAGCUUUGCGGAUCCGUCCUUCUGCCCCUUCGGCGAGGAGCUGCGCCCGCUGCAGCUGCAGCUGGAGGGGCUCUCAGACAACUCCUACCUCAACUUCUCCACCCAGUUCUUCAUCCGUGACAUCGUGCGACCUGACCCACCGCAGGACCUGACCGUGCAGCGGCGGGGCGAGCAGCUCCGCCUGGCCUGGGCCCCCCCUGCAUCCUGGCCGCUCCCCAAGUCCUACUUCGCCCUGCUCUACCGGCUGCAGUACGAGCUCCCCAACGGCACCCAGGUUGACAAGUACGUGGAGGGCGCGGAGGAGACACGGCUGCAGGAGCGCGCGCGGCGGGUGCGCAUCAGCUGCCAGGACCCCUACGCCAACCCCGCCUGGAGCCCCUGGAGCGCCUGGCAGGACGUCGACGCAGCCCAGCAGAGCCGGCUCCGAGCGCGCUGA